CAGUCCGUGGUGAUGACGCGGCUGUGACGCGGCAACACCCUCCUCCUCCUCCAGAUCUUCAGACUCUCCGGUUCUCAUCAGUCGCGGCUCCUGCGGGUUUAUGGAGGGCUGAAGCGGUGUCCAACAGCUCGAAGUGCAUGAAGAUAUUUCGGGCUGAUGAUGGAGUCCUGGCCGACGGUGGCCUGGAUCCUGCUGCUGACCUCCAUCGCUGACCGGCUGAAAACUGUCCAGUCAAGAGAUUUCACCAUGAAGGACAUCGUUCUGCUGCAUCCCUCAACUACUCCUCAUCCCGGGGGCUUCAAGUGCUUCACAUGUCGGGACGCUGCAGAUAACUACGAGUGCAACCGCUGGGCUCCAGAUGUUUACUGUCCAAAAGAGGCCAGAUACUGCUACACCCUCCACUUGAUGGAUCGCCAUGGCGACAGCGUGUCGGUGACGAAGCGCUGCGCCGCCUUAAAGGACUGUCUGUUCACCGGCUGCGCUGACGUCACCGAAAACGGCCGCCAGGUACGUUGGGAAGCAGCUGCAGCUAUGUCUCUGAUUAUCUCCUUCUCAGUAUCUGCCUCUCACGUCUCGGCUCAGGUGUGCUCGUCCUGCUGCGAGGGGAACAUCUGCAACGUGCUCGUACCCAGAAACCAAAGCAGCGCCGUCUUCUCCUCCACAUCUCCUCUGGUGAGCUCCGGACGGAGGCUUCGACCCGCGGUACUGCUCAUCACCAUCAUCAGCGUCCUCACAGCAGGACAGGUCUGAGAGGAAACUCUGCAUCUGUCGUCAAAAACAACCAGAACACUGUAGAAACGCAAAAUCUUACCAAGUCUGUUUGUCUUAUUUUUAAUCAAAAUGUCUCAUCCCACUUGAUUUAAGAUAAAUUUACAAAAAAAAUAUGACACUUCAGCAAGAUAGAGGGACUUGUUUUAAGACAACGUAUCAGAAAUAUCUUGUUAAGUCAAACAAUCUUGAAAUUAUCUAGUUUUGAGUUGAAUUUUACAAGAAAACUCAAAACAAGUUUCACCCUCGUGUCAUCCUGUGGGUCAAAUUAACCCAUUUUAAAGUUUAAAAAUGUGGAAAAAAAUAAAUUUCACAGCGAAACUUCUGAUUGACCCGCAGGGCGAGACGAAGGUUAAUGGAUUAUUCUAAAUUCCGUAGGUGUGAUCAUUUGUGAUAGACUGUUACCUGUCCAGGGUGUCCUACGUCAGCUGGGAUAGACUCCAGCCCCUCAUGCCCCUAAUGAGGAUGAAGCGGUGUGUAGAUAAUGGAUGGAAGUGUAAUUUAUAUUCAUUUUGAUUCCUCACAAGAAUUCAACUUUGUGAAGGGUUGUUGCUAGAGGUACGGACCCGUACCCGUAGCCUGUGGCCUACGGAUACGGCACUUUCCAUUUGCCAAUCAGAUACGUGAGAUCUGGUCACGUGACUCCCGGUAGACGCUAGAGGUAUGGACCCGUAGCAUUGGUACUUCAGGUACGGACCCUAAACCUAACCCUAACACUAACCUUUGCUUACCUUUCUCGCGUACGGGUCCGUAUCUGUCUGGCAAAUGGAAAGUGCCGUAUCCGUAGGCCACAGGCUACGGGUACUGGUCCGUAUCUGUAGACACUACCUUUGUGAAGACUGGGAGCACCACAAAUACCCUUCUCACAUGGUUAUGCGUAAUACACUGCAAGGUCAAGGAAAAGCUGCACUCUAAUAUUUUGUUGGACCACCGACACUCAUUCCUUUCAUCCAUAUAUUCUCCUUCAUUGCAUUUCAGCUCAUCAGGGUUCUUCUGCUCGACCACUUCAGAUUCCUUUAAAACCUUUUUUAAUAUAAACAAUGAAUAUUUUCUGUGUCUGUAAAUUUUUUUAUGAAUACAUUAGCAGUCAAAAGUCUGGACACACCUUCUCGUUUAUUGGUUUUUAUUUAUUAUUUUCUACAUUGUAGAUUAAUACUAAAGACAUCAAAAUUACAAAACAAUAAAUAUGGAAUUAUGUUGUUAACAAAAAGUGUUAAUCUUCAGUAUUAAUAAGUAAAAAGCAUUAAAUAAGAAGGUGUGUCCAAACGUUUGACUGGUAGCGAAU